UCCCACUCACUCGUGCGUUUUGUCAGUGUUCUCAAGUUCAGAAAUCCCCUGGGGAUCCUCCUAAUCUACAUCGAGGCAACGUUUGCUUUUAUUUUACUGAAGUUUGUUUGUUAGGCUAAACUUUAGUCUAGAUACACGGACGGUGAAAUCGUUUAUACUGAGUUUUUAACGCUUGUUGGACGACUUUUGUCACGGCGGUGGUUAUGUUGUUUUUCCCCCCCUUGUCCACUUCGCUAGUUCUUUAUUUGAGAAGAGAACACAUCCAACUCUAAACCAAAAUGGACACGGGAGUAUCUCCAGUUCGCGUAACUAAGCGGGUCGGCGCAUAACGGAUACAUAAACAGGAUCUGUUUUAAUGGACGACAACAUCUUAUUCUCAUUUUGAUCAUCCUAACCACUUAAACGUUUAAGCUAAUAAACGUGUAUUGAAGCGGAGUGGAUUAUCUUGUAUCAUGCCAAGGACUUGGAUUUCGAAAUAGCCUAAUUUCUCACUUUGUUUCCUCGGAGUGGAAUGUGACAAUCUGGGGGUUUACUUCAGUUGGAUAACCCUGCUACUACUAAAAUGGUAUAAUCGAACCGUAGCCUAAUGAAUGGGAGUGUAGGCUGGACUCUUCUCGUAUUAUGAAAAGUUUCUGCUGAAGUUUGGUGGGUUGUGGUUGGUUAAAAACGGACCAUGUCGGGAGUUGUGCGGAGCCUGAGCCGCUGCCUGCUGCCGGCCGAGGCCACCCGAGAGGCGGGCGGCAGCAAGGACAAGAUCCGGGAAAGGGACGCGGUCCAGGAGCGAGAGGCUCGGCGGAGGAGCCGGGAGAUUGAUUCCAUGCUCGCACGAGAGAGGCGUGCUGUGAGGCGGCUAGUGAAAAUCCUUCUCCUCGGCGCUGGAGAGAGCGGCAAAUCGACCUUCCUCAAACAGAUGAGGAUUAUUAAUGGAAAAGAGUUCGACAAGAAAGCUCUACUAGACUUCCGGGACACAAUCUUUGAGAAUAUCAUAAAGGGGAUGCGUGUGUUGGUGGAUGCUCGGGACAAGCUGGGGAUUCCGUGGCAGAACUCUGAAAACGAGAAGCACGGCAUGUUUGUGAUGUCAUUUGAGGGGCGUGGUGGAGUGGCCAUAGAACCAAUAGAAUUCCAGCUUUAUGGUCUGGCGCUGGAUGCUCUGUGGAGGGAUUCUGGGAUACAGGACGCCUACGCACGACGCAGUGAGUUUCAACUGAGUGAGUCGGUGAAAUACUUCCUGGAUAACCUGGACCGGAUUGGCCAGCCGAACUAUAUCCCUAGUCGGCAGGACAUUCUGUUUGCACGGAAGGCGACUAAAGGAAUCGUAGAACACGACUUUGUCAUAAAAAAGAUUCCGUUUAAGAUGGUUGAUGUGGGGGGUCAGAGGUCACAGAGACAGAAAUGGUUUCAGUGCUUCGACGGAAUCACAUCUAUACUGUUCAUGGUGUCAUCAUCCGAGUACGACCAGGUUCUGAUGGAGGACCGGAGGACCAAUCGGCUGGUAGAGAGUAUGAACAUCUUCGAGACGAUCGUGAACAACAAGCUCUUCCUCAACGUGUCCAUCAUCCUCUUCCUCAACAAGACUGAUCUGCUGGUGGAGAAGCUACGCCAGUCUGACAUCACUAAACACUUCCCUGAAUACAGGGGAGACCCUCGCAGGCUGGAGGAUGUACAGGCGUUCCUGGUGCAAUCGUUCAGUCGUAAGCGGCGUAACCGUGGGAAACCUCUGUUUCAUCACUUUACCACGGCGAUCGACACGGAGAACAUCCGCUUCGUGUUCCACGCUGUUAAAGACACCAUCCUGCAGGAGAACCUCAAAGACAUCAUGCUGCAGUAGAACCACACAGACACCAUCCUGCAGGAGAACCUCAAAGACAUCAUGCUGCAGUAGAACCACACAGACACCAUCCUGCAGGAGAACCUCAAAGACAUCAUGCUGCAGUAGAACCACACAGACACCAUCCUGCAGGAGAACCUCAAAGACAUCAUGCUGCAGUAGAACCACACAGACACCAUCCUGCAGGAGAACCUCAAAGACAUCAUGCUGCAGUAGAACCACACAGACACCAUCCUGCAGGAGAACCUCAAAGACAUCAUGCUGCAGUAGAACCACACAGACACCAUCCUGCAAGAGAACCUCAAAGACAUCAUGCUGCAGUAGAACCACACAGACACCAUCCUGCAGGAGAACCUCAAAGACAUCAUGCUACAGUAGAACCACACAGACACCAUCCUGCAGGAGAACCUCAAAGACAUCAUGCUACAGUAGAACCACACAGACACCAUCCUGCAGGAGAACCUCAAAGACAUCAUGCUACAGUAGAACCACACAGACACCAUCCUGCAGGAGAACCUCAAAGACAUCAUGCUACAGUAGAACCACACAGACACCAUCCUGCAGGAGAACCUCAAAGACAUCAUGCUACAGUGAUACACAGACACACAUUAUGUAUACACACACAUUAUAUACACACACACACACAUUAUAUACACACACACACAUUAUAUACACACAGACACA